GCUAGUAAUAAAAACAAACAGAAUAAUAGUCACAAGGUUGCUGAGACAGAUCAUUCAGCAGAAACGAGCUGCAAUAAAGAGAAGCUCUGAACAGUGAAACAGAAUGGGAGUGACUGUAUCAAGAGCAGCUGUAACUCCAGCUGUGGCAGCUCAGAUCUCUGUGCAACCAGCUGGCAAUGACUAUAAGCUGAACAGCAGUGGAGCCUCCUCCAGUGUGCAUCACAAUGACUCACUCGAUCACAGCCUUCACUCACAACCUCACUCCCCAACAAGAACAAGCUCUGACGACACUCUUAAGAAGUCCACAUCGCGACCCAACAGCAGAUCAAGUCUCUCUAGUGGUUUGCGUACUAAGAGUGAAGUGAGAAAGACAGGCAGUGCAAUAAGAAGGUUUAACCACCAUGGACUAGUGGGAAUGAACUCUCGACCAUUAUCAACAGUCUCUAACAGACAGAGAUCUGGUAAAGUUGGGAGGAGAAGAGACACUCUCGGUAGCUCUGGACUGCCUCUUCAAAGAGACUUGGAUUUAAACGCUUCAUUUCACACGCAAAGAAGACCGAGCAUUGUACAAGACUUUGAAAUCGACGAUUCAGAUGUUAUAAUUCUCAAAGGUGAUAGAGAUUUGGCUGCAACAAAACCUGCCUCUUUCUGUCAACUAUGCGGUAAUCAAUUCACAUAUCUUGGAAUACGAGUGCCGUUGCUAUUGCUCUGUGGACAUUCGUACUGUAGCAACUGUUUAGAAAAAGCUUGCGAGGCAAAUCUCUACCCAGUAGCUGUGAAAUGUGGUAUCUGUUCUGUUAUCACUCCGCUUGAUCAGCAAACUCCGAACAACUUACCUCACAACGAAGCAAUUCUGGAAUUGAUUAGUUCCAAAGAAUACAUGAAAUUAUCGAGUCAAAGAAAUAACGAUAAAUGUGCCGAGUGUGAACACAGGGUUGCAGCUAUGUACUGCAGCGAAUGUAACGCCUCGUAUUGCGACUACUGCGGCAAAAAAGCUCAUGAAGGGUCCAAGGUUCGGUCUCGCCACAAGCCAGUUCCGAUCAAUCUCAAGCCAAAGCAGCAACCCACGUGCAAGAAACACCCGGGUCAAAGUUGCGUAUUGUAUUGCGAGACUGAGAAACAACCCAUGUGCGUGUUGUGCAAGUUUUACAACCAGCAUCGAUUCCACAAGUUCGAUCUGAUGAGUAAAGUGGCAACCAAGUACUGCUCCUCUGUUUCUGAUAACCUCACCAAGUUAGAGAGGAUAGAAAAAGAUUUAGACUCUGCCGCUAAAGCAAUGUUCAGUCUGGUUGAAGAGAUCAACAGCAAUGCUAGGAAAGCACAGGAGAGACUGGAACGACAUUUCAAUGAUAUGAGAAAAAAUUACGUAAUGGCCCUGGAGAGAAGAGAGGCUGUUCUCCUCACUCUAUUGGACAAGCAGGUGGAGGCCAAACAAGAAAUGUUAGCAGAGAUGAGGUUUGAAGUGGCUGCUGCAAGAUCAAGAGUCUUAGCAGCCAAAGAAGAAGGCACUGUUCUGCUUCGACUGAACCCACUAACUGCUCUACUCUCUCGCAAACACAUGGACCUCAAUUUCGAGCGCUCCCUCAACGAGACGUCCCAUGCACCCCACUGUACGAUGCAGCCGGAGGUCCCUCUCUCCUUGCUCCCCGACAUCACAGACUCUCUAGUGGACACACUCCAUCAGCACGGUGCUGUCCUGCAGCUCCCUCCCAUGCCAUGCAUACAGACAGCACAAGUGAAAGCAAAGGCCAUCUCUCUCGUGUGGAAUGUCGAUGAUGACAUCACUGAUGUGUCAUCUGAUAGGACGCUAACAUAUUCUCUACAUUGCUAUGCCGACAUACCGUUCAGAACUAAAGUGAAAUUGAAUUUUAAGAAGCAGUAUAAUCGGAAAAUGGUCACUCCAGAGAGUGGAUUUGAGGACAUGAGUGAACUGAGUAGCGAAUCCAAGAACACCUUCCCCUCCGUGCCCCCCUCGUUGCUAGGUAGCAGAAACAUAUCACUGAUACGGUUACAAGGCAAAGCAUCGGAAUCACAAGACCAAACAACAGACAAUCUCGUCCUUAAACCAACCCCAAGAAAUAUCACUACUUUGCUCCCGGAGCCAAUACGUCUACCGAAAGUAGCUGACGAUAUCAAACGCCCACAAGUAUUAUCAAAGUCCUCAGGCAUUAAGAGGCGGCCCACCACUACCAACCAAGAGCAUCCUGGUGCUGUACUGAACCUCCCACCCCUUGUGAUGAACAAACCGACCACCGCCCCCUCUGAUAACGAGCUAAUGAGCAUCACCACAAGCGGAGUGUUUGCAGACUCAGAGGACACGAGUGGCAGUAGAGACAGCAGCAUUGUGGGCCGAAUGAGCACAGUGGGAGAGAGCGAAGAAGUCGAAAUGCCCAAGAUGAGUAGAACUGAUAGCAGCUCUUCUUUCUCUGAUCUUGAAACGAGUGAAGACCUCGGUACAUCACAAGAGGAGUAUGUUAAUGUGGGACGCUAUUGUCAUGGAUACGCAUUCGAGGAGAUCUAUAAUGGGGAGAAAGCUAACUUUCAUUAUUCUGGACUAGUGUCUGGAGCGACGUACUACUUCAGAGUGAGAUGUCAUAAUGCAGCCGGCUGGGGGCCAUGGAGCGAUACAGUCAAGUGUAUGACUACUUGAUGUUGAUUGCUUAAUUUAUAAAUU